CUUUUAUAUGUUGGACCGGAAGGGUCUGGUAAUAAAACGAUAAGAGUUUUGAUAAGAACCAGCAGGCAGAAAAACAGGUUAAAUGCCGUUUCCUAACUAACAAAUAGUUAUUAAAGAGUUAAUUAAAAUAGACAUAGUUUAUGACUAUUUUAUGCACAUUUACUGUAAUCAACACCUAAAUCUGUUCUCAUGCUGCAACUGACACAAACUGGAUUAACAGUUUUUAUGCUGACAAUACUCAGCUAUAUCUAACCAUAAAUCCUGAUGAAUUAAAUCAGUUACUUCGACUAAAGGCAUGUCUUGAUGACAUCAAAACCUGGAUGACUUUAAAUUUUCUUCUUUAUAAUUUUGACAAGACAGGGUUGUCAUCUUUGUACCUGAGUCCUUAACUUCUUAAUCAGUUGCUUAAAGGUAGACGCGGCAAGUUUUCAGAAAAUGUAAGUAAGAAACACUCAAGUCCCUUUUUGAUUAACUGCACACACUAGACCGUCUUACCUGCUCUUCCACACCUCAGGGUGAUUGUGUGAAAAAAAUCUCCCAAAUCCACUGGUCUUAUUUAUUUCUGCAGUUUUUCUCAAAAACUUGUACACGGUUUGCUUUUUGCAACUUUUCAAAGUAUACAAUUAGAGCUGCGGAAGCUACAUUGAAUGGUUAACACCAAAGCUAACCGGAUACAUAAACACUAACAAGGAAUGUGUACACACAUUCGCCUUAAAUGAGCGUGUCACAAUGAUUGGCAUGCGGGUCAACCAAUGUAUAAGGAGAUACGCCCGGAACUCGAAGGACAGAGGGCUUGUGGGCAGGACCAAUCGAUCAGGAGUUUUGAUUGGAUGGUGUUGAAAGAGCUGGAGAAAUCCAAAAACAUGAUCCUCACUGUGCUCCCUGGAUUCUCCAGUCAGGCCAGAGUUCGGUGUAGCAGGUAAAUAAUGGCAGUAUCCAACCCGAUGCCAGGCUGGUAGGCACACUGCAGUGGAUCCAGUGAAGACCACACUAGGGGGUCAACAUGUGCUGCAGGUAUGAUGUUAUUGGACUUUUCUAUGGACUCCACAAGGUCGCACGCAGGCUAGAAGUGAACCAGGUUAGGAUCAGAGACCCCUAGGGCAUUUUGUUUUCUGUCUCUAGACAGCAGGAGCACAACAAAAAAAAGAGAGAGAGAGAGAGGUCCGUCACAGCCACGAACUGAUCCGGCCCGCAUGAAUGUCUGAUGAGGCCGUAAAGUGGAGGCGCCAAUGUCCCCCAGCCCAUCCUAUCCCAUCACCAGUCCUACAGAGUGACCUGAUGCAUCAGAAUGUGGAGCCAGAGCUGAUGGCAUAUGACAGACCCUCCACCAAGUUGCUGGCAUUCCUGGCUAAGCAUUACAGUUUGAUACAGAGUGUUCCUCAGGUCAAUAACUUUGUUGCAUUUGAGGGCUUCUUCCACAAAAGGACAGUGGCCCAAUUGAGAAGAGUUAAAAAGCCUGAUGGAGAAAUUAAGCCUUAUUCCUCAAUGGAAAGAGAAGUGGUACGCCAAGAGCAGAGAAGUCUUCCUUGGCCUUUUGCUCCUCCUCAGUCUCCUCAGCGGUCAGUGUCUUCCCUGUCUCCCAAUGCGGGAUCUUCUCCCAGCAGGGCGCCUCCUUGUGUCACACAUUCAUCCUUCCCCAGAGACAACAGGGAGCACAGCCCCCAAUCCCCUCUCAUCGACUGCUGUAGGACAAGACGUAGCAAUAACCAAAAGGGUCUAGUUUGCAAAUCCAGCCUAUACAGUCGGCACAUGGACAUCAGAGCUGCUGGACUGCUGGACAGAAACUUAUCAGGUCUGAGUCCAGCGGGAAAUGAAGCGCGCGCACUGGGCUGCAAAGAUGAACACAGAUCUCAGCUUGGCCCGGUGCCUCUACCUGGACCUCUAAGUAAUGACAUUUGCAGCUUGACUCUCAUAAAUGGGCACCUAGAUUCAGCUGCUGAAUCCAAGACAACUGCAGAGAAGACCAAAAUGUUGGACAGUAAACAAAGCUCUUCUUUAAGUAACCAGAAACCUCUGUUGGAGAAAGAAAAGGCCAGAAACUGGCAAGAUUGGUCAUGGACUGUGGGAGGAAACUACUCCACUGCACAGCGGGUGAAGGAGAAACAAGAAUACAGAAGCACCCGUCCUUGGUGAUAAGGAGCCAGUUCAUCUAAUUUGGAUGAUUGAAAAAAUGGGAGCAUCUGUACUUCUCUGGCCAUAAUACGUCAAGCAGAAUGCUCCAAAGCAGUGGUUUAUUCAGAGCAGAAAGAAUCAGUUGAGUACAGAGUGACAGUUAAUCUGAGACAACCCAACAUCCACACUUAUGUGAUGUCAUUUAGACCAAUCUGGUACCAUAAGCACCGAUUCUGUUCAUAACUUUUAUAGACAGAAAUUCUAGGCGCAGCCAAGGUGUUGAGGGGAUCCGUUUUGGUGGC